AUGUCGUGGACAGUUCAUGAGGACGAAUAUAAGACGGCUGAGCCUAAUUUACAGGAAAUCGUUCAGCAAACUCCUGACAAGGAGGACCAAUGCAGGAUACCCACAGGUAAGUACACAAAAUGCUUGCAGGUUUUUUCCUCCCACAGCGAAUCUGGGAGUCCAUCCGGAGAAAAAAAAGAGAGCAACAGUACGUGGUCAUAUUUUCACACUCCCACAAGCUCUCCUAUGUCAAGUACCAAGUUUGUGAACCCUCCCCUGCCCUCACAGCUCAAGUUUCCACGUCAUUCGUCGAAUUCCAGUCACCUCUUGGAGUAUAACUCAAAGGGCACCGAUCGGGACACUUUUACGACAAAUUCGUCCCUAAGCAGAUGCGGUGUGCCGUCUCUUCUGGAGCAACUUAAUCAAAUGGAAAUUUGCAAAGCGCACGCUUUGUCUCUUAAUAGUGAUGCACCACCACAUGAUGCUAUAUCUCUACAAUACGGAGACAGGGUGAACCCAUCAAUGGGGAUGAAGUGUCAACAACCAGUAGGAGGCUCUAUUAGCCCUAUCACCGUAGAUGGCUUUCGAGGAAAGGUGUAUGAAACUGCAAAGGAUCAGCAUGGAUGUCGUUUUUUACAGCGCUGGUUGGACACUAAUUCUGACGCUGAGAUCGUCCAGAUGAUUAUGCACGAGAUCAUUCCCCAUGUUGCAGAGCUUAUGGCCGAUCAAUAUGCCAAUUUUCUGGUCCAAAAACUUUUCGACAUCAUGCCUGAUGACAUCCGAUACAGCGUUGCUCUCAAAGCUGCUCCGAAGAUAGCCAUAAUAGCACUAACGCCCCACGGCACCUUCAGUGUUCAAAAGAUGAUUGAGACCAUUUCAACCAGGGAGGAGAUGGAAAUAGUACGUGAGGCUUUGAGGAAGGAUGUGGUGCGGUUGAUCAAAAACGCACAUGGCAAUCAUGUGAUUCAAAAAGUGUUGCAGCGUUUCGAUUAUGAGGAUAAAGAUUUUAUUUAUAAAGCGGUUGCCUCUGAUUGUGCAUCCAUUGCGAAAAACAAGCAGGGCUGCUGUGUUCUUCAACGCUGUCUGGAGUUUGCGUCUCCAUCGCAGAAGUCUGAUCUUGUGGAUCAUAUUUUGAACUGCUGUCUGCAAAUUGCCAGGGACCCCUUUGGAAACUACGUUCUUCAGUACGUCUUGCAAGCAAAUGACAGCAGCAUCAACGACACGAUUGCGAUUGCGUUUCUCCCACAGCUUACCCACCUUUGCACGAACAAGUUUAGUUCGAAUGUCAUGGAAAAGGUUCUCCGCGGUGCGUCCCAACCCAUACAGGAGAUGUAUAUUAAUACGAUGUGUAAUCCGGAGGUGGUCACGCGUCUGAUUCAGGAUGACUUCGGCAAUUACGUUCUUCAGACUGCUCUUACUAUCAGUUCUCCUGCGCAAGUGGAAGCUUUGGUGUCGAUCAUCCGCCCUUUGAUGCAUCUGAUCAAGAAUGCACCUUACGCAAAGAAGUUAGAGGGUAAGAUGGACAUUGUUUUGCGAAAGAACGGAAUCUACCAUAGCGCCGAUGAUGCGGAAUUUAUGACGUCUCGAAUACGCAAUACUAACGAGAAAUUGGGCCACAUCAACUAUAAUAAAUAUUUCCUUCGUCCAGAACUUCGACUGACUUCCUGGACUAAAUCGUAA